AUGGCGUCCUGGCGGCGAAGACGGCCGGGGCCCGGCUUGGCGCGGCUGUGGGGCUUGUGCUGCCUGGUGCUGGGCUCCUGGUGGGGCGCGCUGGGCUGCCCCGCGUCCUGCCGCUGCAGCUCCUGGCGGAUCUGGUGCGCGGAGCUGGCGCCAGGCAUCAUCUCCUUCCCCGUGCCGCAGCGGAGCGCCGAUGGCGACAAUGUCACCGAGAUUUACAUCGCAAAUCAGCAGAAAUUAGAAAGUAUCAAUGACAAUGAAGUUGGAUUUUAUGUUGGACUUAAAAAUCUGACUGUGGUGGAUUCAGGCUUAAGGUUUGUGUCCCAUCAGGCAUUUGUGAAAAACGUCAACCUACAAUACAUCAAUUUAUCCAGAAACAAGCUCUCAAGUUUGUCCAAGAAGCCUUUUCGCCAUCUGGGUUUGUCUGAUCUGAUAUUGCUGGACAAUCCAUUCAAGUGUUCCUGUGAAAUUAUGUGGAUCAAGAAAUUUCAAGAGACCAAAUUCUACAGAGAAACUCGGGAUUUAUAUUGCAUAGAUGACAACACCAAGAGGACAGCCUUGCUGGAUAUGAAGGUCCCAAACUGCGACUUGCCCUCAGCAAACUUAAGCAAUUACAACAUCACCGUGGUGGAAGGAAAGAGCAUCACAUUGUACUGUGAUACUACUGGAGGGCCGCCCCCUAAUGUAUCCUGGGUGCUCACUAAUCUUGUUUCAAACCAUGAGAGUGACACAAGUAAGAAUCCUGCCUCGCUAACCAUAAAGAACGUUUCAUCUGUGGACAGCGGACUGUGGAUUUCUUGCGUAGCAGAGAAUAUCGUGGGAGAGGACCAAGCCUCUGCCGAGCUCACAGUAUUCUUUGCACCAAAUAUCACAUUUAUUGAAUCUCCAACCCCAGACCACCACUGGUGUAUUCCAUUCACUGUGAAAGGGAACCCUAAGCCCACAUUGCAGUGGUUCUAUGAAGGGGCUAUACUGAAUGAGUCUGAAUACAUCUGUACUAAAAUACAUGUUAUCAAUCAAAGUGAAUACCACGGCUGCCUUCAGCUGGACAACCCUACCCAUCUGAACAAUGGUGCUUAUACCUUACUAGCAAAGAACGAGUACGGAGAGGAUGAAAAAUGGGUUAAUGCUCAUUUCAUGUCAGUGCCUGGAGAUGGUAGUGGCCCAAUUGUGGAUCCAGAUGUUUAUGAGUAUGAAACCACGCCUAAUGAUCUUGGAGACACCACGAAUAAUAGUAAUCGAAUCACUUCUGCAGAUGUUUCCAACAAAGAGAAUGAAGAUAGUAUCACUGUGUAUAUUAUGGUGGGAAGUGCAGCACUGAUGUGCACUGGCUUAGUAAUAAUGCUCAUUAUUCUGAAGUUUGGAAGACACUCUAAGUUUGGGAUGAAAGUUCAUGGUGAAGUAAAAGGAGUUGGUCUGGUAGAUCAAAAUUGGUUGUCAUUGCAAGACUGCAGUAAUGAAGGUCCUUCUUCAGUUAUCAGCAAUGAUGAUGAUUCAGCAAGUCCCCUCCAUCACAUUUCAAAUGGCAGUAACACUCCGUCUUCUUCUGAGGGGGGUCCUGAUGCAGUCAUCAUUGGGAUGACAAAGAUUCCCAUAAUCGAAAAUCCCCAGUACUUUGGAAUUGCCAAAAGUCAGCUCAAGCCAGACAACUUUGUUCAGCACAUCAAGCGCCACAAUAUUGUUCUUAAAAGAGAACUCGGAGAAGGAGCCUUUGGGAAAGUCUUUCUGGCUGAAUGCUAUAACCUCUGUCCCGAGCAGGACAAGAUCUUGGUGGCAGUGAAGACACUGAAGGAUGCCAGUGACAAUGCCCGCAAGGACUUCCACCGUGAGGCAGAGCUGCUGACUAACCUGCAACAUGAGCACAUCGUCAAGUUCUAUGGCGUCUGUGUCGAGGGUGAUCCACUCAUCAUGGUCUUUGAGUAUAUGAAGAACGGAGAUCUUAACAAAUUCCUCAGGGCACAUGGACCAGAUGCAGUACUGAUGGCAGAAGGCAACUGUCCUGCUGAGCUGACUCAAUCCCAGAUGCUUCACAUUGCCCAGCAGAUUGCAGCUGGUAUGGUUUACUUGGCAUCACAGCACUUCGUGCAUCGGGAUCUUGCUACCCGGAAUUGCCUGGUUGGUGAGAACCUGCUGGUGAAGAUUGGGGAUUUUGGGAUGUCUAGAGAUGUGUACAGCACAGACUACUAUAGGGUUGGAGGUCACACAAUGCUGCCUAUUCGUUGGAUGCCUCCAGAAAGUAUCAUGUACAGGAAGUUCACCACAGAAAGUGAUGUCUGGAGCCUGGGGGUCGUAUUAUGGGAAAUCUUUACCUAUGGCAAACAGCCAUGGUAUCAGCUCUCAAACAAUGAGGUGAUUGAGUGCAUCACUCAGGGACGAGUGCUGCAGCGACCUCGCACGUGCCCCAAGGAAGUAUAUGAGUUGAUGCUGGGCUGUUGGCAAAGGGAGCCUCACAUGAGGCUCAACAUCAAAGAAAUCCAUUCCCUCCUCCAGAACUUGGCUAAGGCAUCUCCAGUUUACCUGGAUAUUUUAGGCUAA